GCGAAAAUAAUGCCGCACACCGAUUAAAAUCCAUCAUGGCUUCCAUGUGGAGGGUCACGCCAAAAAAAUUUCAUUCGAGUGAAAGUACCAAGAUUUUAUACCAGAUAUUCUGCAGAGAAUGUUCUUAUAACAGGCAAGUGACAGCGGCUAGUAGUUGUGUAGUGUGUAAGCCAUGGAGACACCAGGAUAGUUUUACAUGUCAGGUGAGAAGCUAUUCUGAUGGACGGAAAGGUUUCUUUGAGAAUAUAUAUGAAAACCUUAAGGAAGGAUUUUCAAAAGACAAACAUUUAAAUGAAAAUUUGAAGAAAUUUCGACAAGAAAAAGAGAAGUUAGAAAGUUCAGAUGCCAUAAAGAAAGCAAGACAAAAAUUUGAAAAUAUUGGUAUGGAGUCAGACACAACAGAAACUUUUAAAAAAGGAAUAAAAGAUGUGAAAAGUAAAGUUUCAGAGACACUAGAAGAAGUUCAGAAGUCAGACUUUGUGAAAAAGGGUAUGGAAGUGACAGGAGAACUGGGUAAAACUGUUGGCAAGGCUGGCGAAACUGUGAUAGAACAAGGAAAGAAGUUAGGUGAAAGUGCUACAGUACAGACCGUUUCAAAGGGAGUUAAAGCUGUAAAAAAAGAAUUUGAUGAAACUGCGUUAUCAAAAGCCAAGCACUAUAAACCACCAGAAAAAUUACGCAUGAGGUCAGAUAGACUGGAUCCAUCAGAACGAGACUCUCGGAUAUUUGAACCAGACAAUGAGACAGUUGGUGUAGUUUUACAUAAAGAUUCUAAAUGGCAUGAAAGUUGGCAGAAUUUCAAAGACAACAAUGAAUUUGUAAAUAAGGUUUUUGAUUUAAAGAUGAAGUAUGAUGAAAGUGAUAACAUAGUGGUCCGAGGGACAAGAUUCUUCACAGAUAAAAUAUCUAGUUUAUUUGGUGGAAUGUUUUCAAAAACAGAGAUGUCAGAAGUGUUGACAGAAGUUUGUAAAAUGGAUCCAGAUUUUGAGCCAGAAAGAUUUGUACGAUGGUGUCAGUAUGAUGUAAUUCCAAAUCUUUUAGAGGCAAUGGCUCAUGGUGAAGAAGAAGUUUUAAAAGACUGGUGUUAUGAAGCUCCAUUCAAUGUUCUUAUGCAUCCAAUCAAGACUGCAAAAAGUAACGGCCUCCGGAUUGACAAUAAAAUAUUGGAUGUUAGUAAUGUAGAUAUUGCUGCUGGUAAAAUGAUGGAACAGGGGCCAGUUCUUGUGAUAAGCUUCAAUGCUCAACAAACAAUGGUAGUCAGGAAUGCCAAGGGGGAGGUGGUAGAGGGAGAUGCUGAUAAAAUCAUGUGGGUAACGUAUGUGUGGGCUCUGUGUCGGGACAUGGAAGAAUUAAACCCAGAUGCUGCCUGGAAAUUACUUGACAUCUCCAUGCAUUCUCAGGAACAGUGGUUAUAACCAGAACAAAAACAUAAGCUUCAUAUUUCAUCUAUAAAUUAUAUCAACAACAUCAUGAUUUUCAUCUGUAUUUUCUGUAUUGACUAGAGGCAAGCCUGUGAUUGGAGCAUGUGAAUCACAGAAGUCUUAUUUUAUCACAAGACUGAGGGAGUUAUGACAAACAAACUGUUGUGAAUUAAAGACUGAGUUCUUCAGUAAAGCUGUUUGAAAAAAAAAAGGACAGAAGUAACUUAAAAUUGUGCAGUUAAGAAGUGAAUAUGGGAUUUGUUUUGCAUAAAAAAUAUUGUGAGUGAAGUUAUAAAUUGGUCAAUGUCUUCAGAUCAUUUUUGUCGACAUUUACUGCUGAGAUGCUGAUAAGUGAUGGCAUUGAGGAAUCAUGAUAACAUGUGCUGUAACUUCAAUAGAAAUUUUCAUUGAGAAAUGGUAACAUCAUGAUGAGGCACUAGAAUGAGCUGAAUGUGACAUUUCCAUUCCAUGUACAGCACUAACUGAAGCAUUGAUUUAGAUGUAAAAUGGUAUUUAUUAAACAGAUUAAAAGCUGCCUAGUGUUACAUUCAAAAUCAGUUAUUACCUAACAAACUACCUAGCAAAUUGCAGUGCAUUGUAUAACAAAACCCCUGUCAACCAAUUAUGUUCUAGAUUUUGUGGUUUCUUUUAUUUCUAGGCAAUUUGCUUGAUGUUUGAUGUUUUUGUUUAAUGGUUGACUACAACAAUACACCACUGUGACUGAUUUUCAGCACCUUUAUCUGUUAACUUACUUCGUUUCUGUAUCCACAUUUGAGAUGUAUGUUUAAGACCAGUUUUAUUGUUUUAAUCAUGAUGGAUUGAGUAAUAGGUUGAGUUGAUGAUCUAAAACAGAAAGUUUGUCUAAUUCUGGACACUGCCAGUUCCAAAAUGAAUGGAACAUGAAAUAGAGAAAAAUUCCAUAGGCAUUGAAAGUAAAAUUAGCAACUGACUUAAAAAAAUACAUAGAGAGAUGGAAUAAAAUGUCUUAUUUUUA